CAAUUACACUAAUAUGGUAGUUAGUUCUUGGUAAAGGUUGAUUGAACAAUAGAAAGGAUUCCACAACUAAAGGAGCAAAAGAUGAAAUCGAUAAUCAUUUUCUGCACAAUUUUGGCUCUAUGCGCUGCUGACGCACCUCUUAGUGGUCCUUAUCCGGCCGCAGGAUGGAAGCCAGAGGGAGCUCAAUUCUUGUUACCUGGGCAAUUUCUACCCAAAAGCGCACAAGAGGAGGAAUCUAGCGUGGAAAUAAGUAAAGAACAAGUUAACUUCGCUGGACAAACAACUGAAACGGAAGAAGCAAAAGCUGAACCAGAGCGUGAAUAUUUGCCUCCGGGAGAUACCGACACCGACGAGAAUGUAGAAGAAAAUACUGAUGGGCUCAGAGUACAAGGCAUACCUCAAGGACUCCCAGCUGAAGACGAUUCGGCCCAAUUCAAUGAACCAGAGAGUGACAACCAAGUCAAUCAACAAUACCGCUUGCCAAACAACCAACAAUUCGGACGACUCCGACAACCCCAAUUCCCCCGACAACGCAAUUUCAACUUCAACCCCCAACAACAGUUUGGACGAUUAGUGCAACAACCAAACUUCCAGCAAUUCCAACAGCGACAACAAUUCACAUUCGCUCGACAAGAAGCACCAGCUGCUCCAGCACGGGAAUACGGCCCACCAAGAAAUGCCCCGGUUCCGACCGAUAAUGAAGACCAAGACUCUCAAGAAGAGGAACAACCUUCCGUAUCAGUAUCUAACUCUAUCCAAAGGGGCAGAUAUUAUGUCCUUACUCCAGAUAAUACCCUGCAACGAGUGAACUUCCAAACAUCGCAAAGUGAAGAGGAAGCGCGCAAUAAUGGGUUCACCGCUCAACUCAAAUACAAACCAGUCCAACCUAUUCGGGAACCUAUCUAUGCAUACAACGACCAAGGUGUCCUUGUUAGAAUUCAUCGCAAAUAGUUAAGUCCAAUUUAAAUCGGAAAUUUCGAAAAUUUACAAAAACGGAACUGAUAUCGUUUUCAUUUAAAUUAAAUUAAGAAUUUUGUUAUUGUUAUUUUCAGUAUUGAAUUGGAAUAAACUUUUGGAUAUUAAUCAUUAAA